AUGUCACCAUCAAGAGGUGUCACGGUUGACGAAUCCACAUCUGCACCCACUUCUCCAGAAUCCCAAUCCCUCAGCGCAACAGAACGAACUGCUCAACUUCGCAGUUCCAGCGCGCUCGCCUCUCUCACCCAAAACAUUCAGUACCUUAUCUCACCCAGUUCCCCCACCUCCCCCAAGCCCGUUCGACUUCGCACCCGCGCUCUUCUUCGCACCCUACACUCAGUAGCUGUCUUCAUAUUCUGGCGCGUAAUACGGUAUGCCAAAUAUGCAGUCGUGGGGUCUAUCGUCGCAGCCUUGUCUGCUACCACUAUUGGAAGUUUUGCGACGGGUAUAGGAUGGGUCGUUGCGCCGACGGGAAUUGUUGGGGUUUUGGGGAUGAGUACUCUAUGGUGGGUUGGCAAAUGGGGUUUUAGUAAGACGAAAACGGGGAAGAGGUGGGGAAGAAAGGUGGAGGAGGCGGAUAGGCUUGAGAGGGAAGAUCGCGAGACGAGGAAGGAACAGGUAAAGACAGAUGGGCAGUGGAGGGAUGUUACAGGACCGAAGGCUGUGCCGUGGUAG